UGAAAAAGUCUUGCAAAAUGAUCACGUCUAUCAAUUAGCCAAAGUACCGUAUCGCGUUCGGUAGUGGUUCGCUGCUGCAGCUCUGCUGUGCUUGUGAUGUGAGUGCUGGUUGUGUGGCCUAGAGAGGUGUGCUGCUGUCAAAGAAAGGGUCAAACUGUAUGAACUGUGGAUGCUGGAACCUGGAAGCUUUGUGAAGUAGUUCCGGUGGAAGCCCCAUCGUCACGAGGGCAACUCAGUCACGGUGGUAGCUUACUGGGACUGAAGAAACUGCAACCAGUAGCUCUUUUAGCGGGAGACCUUUUUUUUCGGUUGGCCAUCGUCAUACCUACCUGAGGACUUUUCCCUUCUCGUGAUUUAUCUAGGCCACACCAAUAUUUCGCUCUCGCGGGUAUCGCUUGCUCCGACGAAACGCUCGGUCGGUCGGUCGCUCGUUCAGGAAUACAACCCCAAAAAUCCAGCGAGUGACAGAGGCUCGUGUCAUUUCGUAGAUAGGGUAAGAAGGUUGAGGUUGUUCAGUGUUCUGUUCUCGGAUUUGUUAUGGUUGAUUGACAGUGUUAAAUUGGCAGAAUGGAAUAAGUGAAGUGAAUUCAAAAGCGUUCCAUCGUUUCUUUGAAUCGACAUCAAAUAGCUUGCGUGUUUUGUAUUAAACUGCAUUGGCAUAGCAAUUGUCUAAUAAAUAGUGCUUAUUCGGAAAUUGUUUUGUCGUUCUUGGCAGUAGCAAUCAUUCUGUUGGAUUUUGGCUUGCACACCGAGCAUCAAACCGAGAAGAAAAACACAUUCCUGUGAAAGAAUCAUAAUGAUGCAGUUGGUUUGAACUAUACUGAAUUGAUUCAUAAUUUGCUAGUCAAAUUGCACGUAAGUGAAUUUGGGCCAUCGUGUUUGCUGCAGUGCUUUCGUGGAUAAAGUGGAUUUGUGGAAAAGUGUAGAGUGUGAUCACAUCACGCAAAAUAUGGAAGUGCAAUGCUAAUGCAAGGUGUGAUGAAGUUUUCCCACAGUGUCGCGUUCUGCACAGCUUUGCGAAUCGCCGUGUAUCAUUCGUAGAAUUACACCUAGAAUAUGAUAUAGGUUGAAAUCACUUGACCCGGACGUAAACACUGCACACAGCGAAACAACAAAGUUGGAGAUUGAGAGAGAGCGCGAGGAAGAAAGAGAGGGAGCAAAAAGAAAAGAAGGCAAACGUGGUAAGAAUAGGAAAUGAAUACAAGUAAUCACUAAUCUGCGGAUGUUUAAAAAUUCGUGUGCACCCAAAUGGUGGUUAAAAGUUAUAUGUUAAGAUGCUUAUACCGAGGAACAUGCUAACACUGUACUAUGGCAAACUACCGACGAAUGCUCGGUAAUUCUGUUGGUGUUCUUAAUACAGCGUAUUCUGUGAAUCAUGCGCCUAAGUAAUAAAUUAUUCUUAUCAAAUCGAAAAGCCGUUUCCAAAUGCAUAGAGCAUCAUAAAACAUAAACAUUUAGAUGAGAACACCAUCGGCAAUCAGGAAGAAACAAUGCUAUUGAUGCUGCAUGAAAAUGAGAGCUAAUUUUUCAAUUGUGUGAGUGCCACAAAAUAAAAAAAAAAUACAAAAAUCAAGCUUACUGGUUAAAGUGCAAUCAUGGCUUCCCAAACGAUGCUGAGCAACGAAGGAGCCGGUAAACAGCAGCAGUCUCCCCGCAGUGCAUCAGCAAUGGGCGUGAUUAACCCGACGGCCGUCAAGCUUGGGACGAUGGAGGUUCCCAAGCAACUACAGGAUGGGGAAAAAUUCAUCAAGUGGGAUGAGGAUUCUUGCAAUGGCACUCCUGUGACAGUUCGUGUUGACGCCAAAGGCUUCUAUUUGUAUUGGGUGGAUCAAAAUCACGAAAUGGAUCUGCUGGACAUUGCCACAAUCCGGGAUGUUCGAACGGGUCAAUACGCUAAGAAACCGAGGGACAUUAAACUGCGCCAGAUUGUGACAAUGGGCUCCCAGGAUACUCUGGAGGAAAAAACGGUGACCGUGUGCUACGGAGCCGACUUUGUCAAUGUGAACUUUAUGAACUUUUGCUGCACCCGGAAAGAGAUUGCCCGGCUCUGGUGCGACGAGUUGAUCCGGAUGGCGUACAAUCUAACGCAGCUGAACGGGCCAGCGAUAAUGUUUCUGCAGAAAGCGUACACCAAACUGUGCCUGCAGGUCGACAAGAGCGGGAAAAUUCCAGUGAAAAAUAUCAUCAAAACAUUCGCCACCAACAAGGAUGACCGACGGCGUGUGGAAAAGGCGCUGGACGUUUCCGGACUGCCAUCCGGCAAGGCAGACACGCUAGCACUGUCCAAGUUUCAGUUCGAAGAUUUCUUCAAUCUGUACAAGAAUCUAACCCAGCGCGGCGAGGUGGAGAAGGUGUACGAUGAACUGGUCGGAACAUCCAAACGACGGCUUAUGUCCACAUCGCAGCUGGUUGACUUCCUAAACAAAACGCAACGCGAUCCCAGGCUUAAUGAAAUCCUACAUCCGUAUGCAAACACAGCCCGAGCAAGGGACAUCAUCCAAGAGUACGAGCCGAACAAGUUCAACGCCCAGAAAGGUCAACUUAGCUUCGAUGGAUUUCUGAGAUAUUUAAUGUCGGAGGAUAAUCCGAUUAUGGCUGCCAGCAAGUUGGACCUCUGUGAUGACAUGGAUCAACCGCUUUCUCACUACUUUAUCAAUUCAUCGCACAAUACCUACUUAACCGGGCACCAACUGACGGGCAAGAGUUCGGUGGAGAUUUACCGUCAAAGUUUGUUGGCUGGAUGCAGAUGUGUCGAGUUGGAUUUCUGGAACGGCCGCACUGAGGAGCCUGUGAUAGUCCACGGCUACACCUUCGUCCCGGAGAUCUGCGCCAAAGACGUGCUAGAAGCAAUAGCUGAAACAGCAUUCAAGACAUCCGAAUUUCCUGUGAUACUAAGUUUCGAAAACCACUGUAACCCGAGGCAGCAGGCAAAAAUAGCAAAUUACUGUCGUGAUAUUUUUGGAGAUAUGUUACUAGAUAGGCCCUUAGACUCCCAUCCCCUGGAACCGGGAUCGGAUCUGCCCCCGCCCUCGUUGUUGAAAAGGAAAAUCAUCAUUAAGAAUAAGAAAAAGCACCACCACCAUCAUCACCAUCACAAAAAAGGGAACGCAACCAGUCCGACGGCAGGAGCGACGCCGACGAACAGCACCAUCAACAAUAAUGUCAGCAAUAACGUUAACGCAAACACCACUUCCGCCACACUAAUGGCAACCGCAGCGGCCGGAACGGCAACUCUGAUUACCACCGGCAGCGGUAACAGCAGUAUGGCAGCUGCCGGUGCAAGCAUACAAGUGCAACAAUCCCAAGAGGAAAAUAGCGUCACAUGCAUUACGACGCCCAGCACCAAUAGCAACAGCGUCAACAACAGCAACCCCCCAAGCACCACCACCACCACCACCACCACCAGCAACAAUAGCAACAACAACACCAGCACCGCCCCCGCCAACGUCGCUACAAGUGCACAAGCAGCAAUGGUGACCGGAAAUGGUGACGUACCGCACCAUGCACCUCCACUACAGCAAAUUCGCCAGAGUUCGAAGGAAAGCACCGGAUCGUCUGAUACGGAUAGCUCCAGCGACGACGAGUCGAUGCCGGGUGUACCGGUCGGACCCAUCGGAUCCACCGAAGCGGAUAAAGUGCCGCAGACCAAAGAGACUGAAGCGGGGGCGGAGAUCUCCGCCCUCGUAAACUACGUUCAACCUGUACAUUUUAGUAGUUUUGAGAAUUCCGAAAAGAAGGGACGCUACUACGAGAUGUCUUCGUUUGACGAGAAACAGGCGACCACGCUGCUCAAGGAGCGACCGAUAGAAUUCGUCAACUAUAACAAACAUCAGCUGUCGCGUGUCUAUCCGGCGGGAACGCGUUUCGACAGUUCCAACUUUAUGCCACAGUUGUUUUGGAAUGCUGGCUGCCAGUUGGUGGCACUAAACUAUCAGACACUUGAUCUCGCUAUGCAGCUUAAUCUGGGCCUGUUCGAAUACAACCACCGGUGUGGGUUUUUGUUAAAACCGGAAUUCAUGCGACGAAAAGAUCGCCGGUUGGAUCCGUUUGCCGAAAGCACGGUGGACGGCAUCAUCGCAGGAACGGUGAUUGUCACGGUACUAUCCGGCCAGUUUCUGACGGAUAAAAAGGUUGGCACCUACGUGGAGGUAGACAUGUUUGGUUUGCCGGCCGAUACGGUGCGGAAAAAAUUUCGCAGCAAAAUCGUCCGUGAAAACGGAAUCAAUCCGAUCUACGGUGAGGACCCGUUCGUGUUUAAGAAAGUUGUUCUGCCCGAACUGGCCAGUAUUCGAAUAGCGGCAUAUGAAGAAGGUGGCAAACUGAUUGGACAUCGUGUGCUUCCGGUGAUAGGGAUGUGUCCUGGAUUUAGGCAUCUAACGUUGCGAACCGAGGUUGGUCAACCCAUACCACUGGCAACGCUGUUUUUGUCGAUUGUUGUAAAAGAUUACGUUCCGGAUGGACUGUCCGAGCUGGCAGAAGCGCUAGCCAACCCGAUCAAGUAUCAAAGUGAACUGGAAAAGCGAUCGGAACAAUUGGCUGUUCUACAGGAAGAUAUGGAACCGGUUGAGGAUGAUUCAUUUGUGAUUGUUUCCCUAGGUGCGAGAAAGGAUACGCUUAGGACUGCAGACUUUGCCACCGGAAGUCCAAAGCAUAGGGCUAGCGUUCAAGUGUCGUCACUGUCGUCGGUUGUUGCGGCAGCAGCGUCCACCGAUAGCGAUCAUGACCAUCGCGAAACACCACUGGAAGCGAUUUCGAAAGUAGUGGCACUACCUGUGGCGCAGCCUUCGUUCGAUCAACCGAGUCCGCUUCUGGUUAAGCAGAGCACUAUUCAAUCGGACAGACAUCAGCCGUCGGCACAAUCAUCUACUGACCAGUCAGCGGAUUCUGGAAAAAUUGUUGCUGAUCCAUUGGAGAAAAUUUUCGAAGACAAACAGGUGCGAAAAAAGCGAGAAGCUUUGGAAAAGGAGCUGAAAGCUCUUAAAAAGAGCCACGACAAGGAGAAGAUCAAGGUGACUUCACAGAAAAGUGGUGAUCUCAGUGAUGGCAUCAAAAGGAGUAAGUUUGGAAUGGGCAACAAAUUGGUUAAGCGAUUCAGCAGUAAGAAUAUGGCCGAUAUGAACAUAAGGAUACCACCGUGCUCAACCGAUGCAGAUGCUUGCGAUAAUAGUGUUCACGGGGAGAAACUGAAACAAAUCUGUCGGGAUCACGCGAGCAGUUUUCGGGACGUGUUGGAAAAGUAUCACGAAGUGAUUUACAAUCUCGCUGAAGAUUUACUUCGACAAUCACAGGAAAAUCAGAUGAAACAGCUGAAGGUGCAACUGGAGCGAGAAACCAGUGAAGUGAUGCGACAACUGCAGUCGUCCAGAAAGAACGAAGUGAAACAACUUGCGCAGGUGCACAAAGAUAAGGAUGAGUUAGAGAGGAUGAAACGAGAGGUGGACUCGACGCUAGUGGAAAAAGGCGUGGCGGAACGUGUUCGACUGACAGCAACCUACGAACGAAAACGAGAAGAGCUUCAACGACAGCACGACUCGGUUAAGCAGGGCCUGGAAGACCAUCGAACAAAGGCCAAAAUCAUGUUGGAGAAGGAAGCCGAAUCUCACGCGUGCAUAUCGGAAACGUUUCUGGCUCAUUUGAACACCAGCAGCAGCACGACCAGCUGCUCGACGGUGGUUACGCUGCCGCCAACGUCACUGUCCAGCGGUAACCUGUGCAGCAGUGCCGGAGGCGGCGUUGGAGCGGCGGCCAUAACGAAAUCCGUUUCCUCGUCGAAUGCCCACGAAAACAAUGUUAACAAUACUCACGUGCAGCUCGAGUGAUAUGCUAAAACCUAGUCAUUUAGAAUCUAGAAACGGAAAGAAGGGAAUGGUGAGGAUGAAGACUCUAUCGUUUAUUUGUUGGGGUUAGAAGGUAAAACUACAAACUGCGUUUGGGUUUCACUGCAUUUUGGUUAAAUGAAAACAGAUCAAUUUCUGUCUCCUGCCUGACUGAAGUUUUGUAGUGGUAUGCGCAGGGCUGCAUUCAUAAUUUGUUAUCCUUUUCGAAUGUGGUCCGUGAUGACGGUGUCUUUUGGCCUAACUAGACUUAUUUUAUCGGGAUUGAUAGUCGAUAAAAACUGUACGAUUUUGGGUUUUGUUCUUUAUAGACCAGUAGAAGAACCGAACGUUCCACGUUCUUGGUAGGUAAUACCGAUUUUACCGUAGUAGUCAAAGCAGAAAACAAUAAUGUAGCGAAAAUGAGAAUUUUCACCAGAUUGAAUAACUCGCGGACGGGUAAAAAACGAGUAAUAUCAAACUAAUUAACAGCAUAAAACAUAUGAAUAUAAAAUAGAUUUUUGAAAAAAAGUUAGUUACAUACGAGAAAUAACCGAAUGAAGCAGUAUUUUGAAUCAACUUGGAUUAGACGAUUGCAGAUGAAUCUCAUUAGUGCAAAAUAGAUUUGAUACAUGGGUUUCGACAACAGGAAGCUUUUCAGUUAGGUCCAGCCAUGAAAAAACACAUACCCGCAUACACACUCUCGCUUUGUGCUGAACUAUGCUAUACCAGGGCUAGUUUGAAGAAUGGUACUGGCUCAAGGUGACAUAAUGAACCCUCUUGUUCAGAAGUAAAUUAAAAAUAGUCUUCACAUUUCCUGAUUAUAAAAAGCGAGAUCGGUUGAAAAGUAACAAAAGUACCUAUUUGGAAAAUAGGAUGAAAACACCGGAUGAUACGAUCUUCUUGCUUCUCACUUUAUAGUGAUACUACAAAAAAAAGAAACGAAGUGCAGAAUACAGAAAAAGACCUGAUCGUCGUUGCCAUCA